AUGGUUCCACGGGAGGCCCGGACCAGAAGGAAUAGGCCGAGGCAACAGGGCGGCAAGGCCUAUGUGGUGAGGGAGUCGCCCCUCUUCUUCAGUUUGGGCGAUGAUGGCCUCGAGGACCAGUUCUGCAACAUGGUGCACCCCGAGACGGGCGAAGGCGAAGAUGAGUUUCCUUUCCCAACUGAGGCACAUGUGCUUGGACCUUUGCCCCCUGGCGGUGCUUCGAGCGAGGACACGGUGCAGAUGGUGUUCACCGUAAACAGGGAGAACGUCGAGGACAUCAUAGUCACACGCUUGGUGCAGGCCCGACCUGAAUGCCUCGAGGGGCUUUGCCUUCGUGAGUUGCAGAGUGACUGUGAUCGUUGGGCGUUACGGAGCCUCGGCGAGACCGAUCUCAUCUACUACCCCCGCUCGCCUCUUGGAAAUGAGCGCCGCGAGUACAGCGGCCACAGCA